AUGGACUCGCUGGCUAAGAUCUUCUUGUCGCUGCCGCAGGUAACAUUGAGCGGUGCGGGACUGCUGGGGAUAGCAUGUCACCAGAGUCUUCUGCAGCCGUUCGAGGUUGACAGCUACGGCUGGGAAUUAUUCUUAACCUUCUGGAUUGGGAUCGGAGGCUUGCUUUCUGGUUAUCUACAUGUGGCAGAGCUGGGCGUCAUCGAUGCUUUCGUCCGCAGCUCUGCAGUUGGAGCCGCUUUUUUGGCAGGCAUUUAUGGCAGCAUGUUGAUGUAUCGUGCAUACUUCCAUCGACUCCGUCGUUUUCCAGGCCCAUAUCCUGCGCGCCUUUCGAACCUAUAUCAUUUGCUGUCUAUGGCAGGCACGAAAUUGAAGUACCAUCUGCAUGUUCAGAAGCUACAUGCUCGUUACGGUGAUUUCAUCCGAACAGGGCCACGCGAGCUGACCAUAUUCCGCGCCUCCGCCAUCGAACUCAUCUAUGGCUCCUCGUCCAAGUGCACCAAAGGCGCCUGGUACGAUCAGAACUCCGGCGAUCCCGACAAGGUUGGAAUCGAGAAUCUUCGCGAUGCAGCGAAGCAUCGGCUGCGACGGAAAGCGUGGGACAAAGGACUGGGUCUUCGAGCGCUGGACAAGUAUGAGGCUCGAGUGACUGCGAAAGUCAACCAAUUGAUGGCUGGGAUUGGCACCGGCAAACCGGUGAAUAUCACCCAACACAGCACCUUCUAUGCUUGGGACGUGAUGGGAGAGAUCGCCUUCUCGAAAGACUUCGGCAUGUUGGAGACGGGGCUCGAGCACCCUGCAGUCGAUGGGCUGCACUGGGCCAUGACCACAGCUGGGGUUGUCACGACUCUCCCGUGGCUGAUGAAUAUGCUGCGUGUUAUUCCAGGGGCCACCGGUCGGUUCGAACGCUUUGCCGGCUGGUGCUCGGAGCAGCUGAAUACUAAACGCCAGGCACUUCUACGACAGAAGGCUGAAGGUACACUGGGAGAGCCACAAGACGUCAUGUCGUGGAUCAUAAGAGCCCAGCAAGAGGGGGAUAGGUCCGCUCCACCCACGGAGUCGGCCAUCAAGGAGGACGUACGCACCCUGAUUUCGGCCGGCAGUGAUACGGUCGCUAUCGCCUUUACCAACUUCCUAUACUUUAUGGCCAAAAACCCGAGGAUCUACCGGAAGCUGCAACGACUAGUGCGCGAGAGCUGCCCCGAUGGUGGGCCGGAGAGCUGGACUUAUGAACAGCUCAAGCGAGUCUCCUACAUUGACCAGCUGAUCCACGAAACGCUACGGUUGCGCCCGCCGGUGCCAAUGGGAUUUCCGCGUGAGACCCCGCCAGAGGGUUUACAGGUUGAGGAGAUUUACAUUCCGGGGAAUGUCAUUGUCAACGUUCCAAUUUGGGCGAUUCAACAGGACGAGCGCUAUUUCGAAUCGGCGACUGAGUUCCAACCGGAGCGCUGGGGAUCCCUCACCCCACAGACAGCCGCGUAUCUUCCUUUCCAGCGGGGCCAAUUCACCUGUGCGGGGAAAGCUCUCGCGAUGAUGCAAUUGCGAAUGCUGAUCGGGUGUGUGGCUCUACGGUUCGACGAUCUGGCGUUUGCGCCCGGAGAGGAUGGGGUGGUGUUUUGGACGGAGGCAAGAGAGACUUUGACCUUGUGGAUACCACCAUUGAACAUGAUGUUUUACCCAGCGGAAACGAGAAAGGAUGAAGGGGGAAAGGGUGUCGGGCCAUUUUGCUGA